GCGGGUUUGAACGGUGGCGGGCGCCGGAGCUGCCCGGGCCAUGGCGCCAAUGGAGCCCGUCCUGACAGGUGUUUCAGCAUUUGUAGAAGUUUGGUCAUCUAACAGAACAGAAAAUUACUCAAAAACCUUUGAACAGCAACUUCUUGAUAUGGGAGCCAAAGUCUCAAAAACUUUGAACAAACACGUGACCCAUGUAGUCUUCAAGGAUGGACGUUUCACUACGUGGAAAAAAGCACAGAAGUUGGGUGUAAAAACAGUCUCUGUACUUUGGGUGGAAAAGUGUCAAGAAACUGGAGUACAUGUUGAUGAAUCCUUAUUUCCUGCAGUGGACACUAAUGAAGGAUUUCCACUACUGAUCAAAAAACACAAAUGUAUGCAGCCAAAAGAUUUUGUUGAAAAAACUCCAGAAAAUGAUAGAAAGCUUCAGAGAAGACUGGACCAGAUGGCUAAAGAUUUAGCUCUACAAAAGACAGCAAUUAAUGCUGGUAAGGAUGUACCAGUUUUAUUGUUUGAAGACAAUGGUUCACUUAUAUACAGUCCUGUUAAUAAGAUGAAAGAUCAAUGCAAUGCAAUUGAAAGAGGAAUGAAGGAUAUGAAGAAAAAAAGAGAAAAUCUUUCUCCUACUGGAGAACAAAUGGAAGACUGCUUGAACUCAAGUUAUGAUUGUCUUUGGGGAACUGAGAAAUUAAAGAGACAGAAAACAGAGAUAAUAGAACACUCCUGUGAUACUUGGACUGAUACUCUUGUAUCCAGGAGUGCAUCAGUGAAUUCUCCAUCACAGGGCAAUGAGCGAAAGAGCUUAACACCAAAACGGCAUACCAGAAGUAGUUCAACAAAGAAACGGAUUAUACAGCACACUUUGGAUGACAAAUUAUCUAUAGAAAAGAAACAAUCAAACUUUCCAAAGAAAAAUCAGAAGAAUGAAAAGAGCAAGACUACUUCAAGUGCAAAUGAAAGUUCUCUUCUCAGGGACUUCGAUCGUAUUACUCCUUCCAAAAAAUUAGUGCAGCUGAAUACUGUUCCUUCUUUAAUUGACAGUCUCUCUAGUUCACCUAUGAAUAGUGAAGACUUGAAUACAUGUUCACUGGAUAAAAGCUUCCCUGUUUACAAAAAUGAUAGUAUUCUUGAAGAUAAGAGGAAGAAACUACAACCACUGCCUAGUUUGAAGCUGGUUACCUCAGAACUAGGUGCAUCAGGGUCUAAAGGGCUCUUGCAACAUGUUACUACAUAUAGCAAGUCGUUUUGUACUGACGAGGCUUCUUAUGAAGACUUCUUUUCAUCAUCUAAUUUAAAUAAAAAUGAAGUACAGUUAAGAGUACCAAAUGAAUCACAGAGUCAUCCUGAAGUUUGUUGCAAAGACUCUUUUACAAGCAAGAAUUUCUGUCAUGUGAGUUUCUCUAAGGCACAUAAUACUACCAAGAAAAGUAGGAAAAGCUCUAUCUCAGUGAAUGAUUUUCCAGUAAAGAAAAAAUUCAAACCAGCUAAACGUCCUAGAAGCAUGUUAUUAAAUGUAUCAGAUGGCACUGCAGAAGUUCUAGAUUCUGAUGAUGUGAAUAGGCUGCCUCAGCAUGCUCAGGAAGAAUCCUACAGAAACAAUGUGAAUUACUAUGCUCAUACUACUGCUCCAAGAAACACCUACUCAAACUUAGAAGGAAGAAAAAAUGCAUUUUGAGGUUGGACACCUUCUUUCCGGGGUUGGUUCUGUGGUCUUUGGAACUAGGCCAUUGGAUUUCAGAGGAACCAUAUGAGCUUUCAUCCAGCUUUCCUGCAGCUCCUGUAAGUUUAAUGGUCCUUUAAGCUUCUGAAACUUCUUUUGUUUAUCUGGGAAAUAACUGGCCCUCUAAACAGGUUUUGUGAUCAAGAAAGCCUACUAGAAAAAAUAUUUUUUAAAGCAAGUACUGUAAGGAGUUACCUUCUCCUUUGCCCACUUCUUUUUGAAGUGUGUGCAAAAACUCUGGUAUUCAUGGAAAAUGCAAAAAAUUGAUCCACCAAUUAACAUCUGAAUAAGCCAAGAUCUUCUUGAAGUAUAAAUAUACUUUAAUUUUAUUUCUACCUGUGCUUGUAUAUAAAAUGGAGAGGCAUGCUAUUGCCAGAUGGAAGGAUUUGCAGGUCACGGACUCAAUUUUUUUGGUCCAGAAACUUCUUGGAAAAUGGAAAAUUACUGUGGCCUUCUAGAACUGCUAAGUAGGAAAAAAUGAAGCAUUUUUCCUGCCUCUAAUGAUCAUUCUCAAAUACUGAAUCAGGAACAAAUGCAAAAGUGUGCAUGUGGGGGCAUUGUGUACCUGUGCAGACCUGUGAGUAUCUGCACUUCAUAUGUUCUAAUUGAUUAAACAGUAAUUUUAUUUUUUAAAUAAA